AUGCCUUCUGGUCUGUCCUGGCUGACCGGUCGGGCCGACGCCGGGCCGUUCAUGCUGUAUCGGAGGUGCUUUGGUUUUGUCAUCGUAUUAGAGAUUCUAUGGUUCUCUGAUCACGCCGCUGAGAUCAUGUCACAAGGUUUCAGCCCGGUGGCCCCUGCAGAGCUCCCUUUCGACGUUCCCUUAACCCCAUUGAGUCUGGAUCUUGCCCUAGUCGUAGGUUGCUUUAUGAGUGUCUGUUUCGUCGCAUUGGAGCCUUCCUGCUGGACUAGUGCACCCCUUCUCAUCGUGUAUGCCUAUCUUAGAAUAUCCGACUUCACCAACUGGAACAACCACUACUAUCUUAACAUCCUCGAGCUCUCCUUGUUCACUAUCACCGACUUCGAGUACUCGCCUCGUGGCCUGAAUGAUGACGUGAGCCGUGUCACUGAGCUGAGCCGGCGAGGACCAGAGAUGAUGGAUACGGCCGAGUCCCUGUUGAUGACCUCUGAAGAGCAGACCGGUUUUGAUGCUAGCCAUGGCUUGAGUGGCGAGCCCGAGUCGCUGUUGAGCUCUUCUGAUCACGAUAAGGAACUCAGAAGGUUUCUGGUCCACACGGUGCCGUCCUGGUUCUACUUCGCUUUUCGCUUCCUCAUAUGCUGGACCUACUUCAUGGCGGGCAUGAGCAAGAUAUCAGAAGCCUGGCUCAGCGGCUACAUCACAGAGACAAUGUUGCACAAUUGGGAUUUCCCACUAGUCCACAUGCUGGCCGACUCAGCUGCUGGCGACAUCGAGGUUCUACGGGAGAAGACCCAUGAUUACGUGAUGCGAACGCAGGAUGAUGCCAGUAGACUGAUGCGAUGGGCAGCCCUCAUUGGUGAGCAGAUGCAGAAGGACGGGCAGCAUCUGGUUGACCAAAUUGCUGAGCAAGCUGUGCAUAGCCAGAAGCUCGCUCAGAAGAUGGUGGACACAGCCACCAAGCAGGCUCUUAUGGCCCAUACCCUUGCGACCAAGUCCCUCGAUGCCGCUAGGAAGGCUGAGUUCGCCAAGGCAAUGCAACAUCUUGCUGACGAGCCGAAGAAGGCUAGCUUCGCAGUUAGUCCAGGAACGCCAUAUGAUUCUCAUGCUGUUAUCAUAGACUAG